AUGAUGGCGCGGCCGAGGAAUCAUCGCCCUUCAUCUCGGAAAUCCUCUUAUUCAACGCUCGUCUUCGCGGUAUUGAUUAUGUUCACUUUCGUGAUUUUGUUUCUUCUCGCGCUUGGGAUUCUCUCGCUGCCCAGCAACAAUGCCGGUUCCUCCAAGGCCAAUGAUCUCAGCUCCAUUGUCAGAAAAACACUUCAGAGAAGUGGCGAGGAUGACUCAGAGAAGGAGCGUUGGGUUGAAAUCAUCUCCUGGGAGCCAAGAGCUUCUGUUUACCACAAUUUCUUGACCAAGGAGGAAUGCAAGUAUCUGAUAGAGCUAGCUAAGCCUCAUAUGGCGAAGUCAACAGUUGUCGAUGAGAAGACCGGGAAGAGCACAGAUAGCAGGGUUCGAACCAGCUCAGGUACAUUCCUUGCCAGAGGACGCGACAAAACUAUCCGUGAAAUUGAGAAGAGGAUAUCCGACUUUACAUUUAUACCAGUUGCGCAUGGGGAAGGACUUCAAGUUCUGCACUACGAAAUAGGGCAGAAAUACGAGCCUCAUUAUGACUACUUCAUGGAUGAGUAUAACACUAAGAAUGGGGGCCAGCGGAUAGCCACAGUUCUCAUGUACCUGUACGUAGCUGAUAAACUUUGGGCUGCCUUAAGCUUUGGCUAUCUUCGUCCUUUUAACGCUCCUCUGUGCAGAUCAGAUGUUGAGGAAGGGGGCGAAACGGUGUUUCCUGCAGCCAAGGGAAACUAUAGCGCAGUGCCAUGGUGGAAUGAAUUGUCAGAGUGCGGGAAAGGAGGGCUGUCCGUGAAACCAAAGAUGGGAGAUGCAUUGCUUUUCUGGAGCAUGACGCCUGAUGCGACUCUAGACCCAUCUAGUCUUCAUGGUGAGUGUAAAUUGAUGAUUGAGAUGGAUGUUUUUGUCUAUGGAUACAAGUUAUUUGGUACAAUUGGGCAGGUGGGUGUGCUGUUAUCAAAGGGAACAAGUGGUCGUCCACAAAGUGGCUGCGUGUACACGAGUACAAGGCUUGAGCAAUCAUCAUUGAGGGGAGCGGGGUUCGCCUGA